CGGGCGGAGGAGGACCGGCGGACCGGACCACCGCCGGCCGGGCGGAGGAGGACCGGCGGACCGCAAUUGAGACCGGAGGGUCCAGCGCUGGGAUGGGACCGGACCACCGCAGCUGAGACCGGAGGGGAACACCGCUGCGGCUCUGCACAGACCGACGCUGGCCCAACCACAGCCAUCGCGCACUGCGGCCGGAGACCACGAAUCCCAGACCACUAGCAGCAUCCCUGCGAUCACAGCAGUCACUACGACGUCGCUGGGUCUGGCGGUCGAGACGCGGCCGCCACACCUGACGUGGGACGUCCGCGAGCAUCACACGAGUUCACCGCCACCCGUCGGCAAGGCGGCCGCACUGCCGGAGAUGUCCCCGACCCGGCAUUAAAACCAUCCCGAGACAUGAAAAUCGGUCUCGACUCGGUCGCAUCGGAGCAGGCUGAAGCGGCACGUCCAGACCCGGACCCGGUCGUCGUUACAACACCGGAGCAGCUGACGGCACAAGACAUCAUCGUGGCACUGCAGGAGUUGGCGGGUUGGGACAUCAUCGUCGCACCGCAGGAGUUCGCGGGUCCGGACAUCAUCGUGGCACUGCAGGAGUUGACGGGUUUGAACAUCAUCUCAACACCGGAGUAUCUGACGGAUUACAACUUCAUCGCAACACCGAAGCAGUUGCUGGGCUUGGAAAUCGUCGCAGCAACAGGGCAGUUUUUGGAUCAGGACAUUGCUGCGGCACCAUGGGAACUGCCGUAUCCAGACAACGUCCCGGCACCGGGGCGGCUGACGGACCAGGGCAUCGUUGCGACACCCAGGCAGGUGACGGGUCCAUACAUCGUCGCAACACCGGUACGGCCGAUGACGCUGCCGACAACGUCGGAGAUCACCGUACACUCCAAUGAGUGCUCCCUGCUUGAUAUAUCCUCUUCCCUCGAUCUGGAAGCGUCAUCCGUACUAGAAAUAUCUCCUCUACUGGAGGCGCUCAACAUGCUGAGCACCCCACCCGGACACACCACAAAUCAGAUGGCUCCUGUUCCAUACGAUGCUCCAUCUUCUCCGCCUCCUCCGCCGAAAAGGACAAGGACAUCACCAAGCAACGACAGGAGGCGCCUACCAAGAAUGUACGCGCUCGAACAAUGCACAACAAGACACCUCGUCAUGCAGAAAAACAUACGCUCCAGCCGGUGCCAGCAAGAUGUCUUGAAAGUUGCAAGACCAGCUGUGCAGCCAAGAUCGGACCUGAGUGACGGGCAGAAAUCAACGGCGAGGUCUGCGCACUGGGGAGGGAAACAUGACGGCAGUGGUACUGCACGUACGUCCUGCGGGUUCCGUCUCAGUGUCGCAGAAAAAACAACAGAGGGAACAUGGACCCACGGAAAAACAACAGCUUCCAAUGGACCCUUCCAUCACCACCGGAGAAGAACGCAGGCGACACAUCCACGAGCGACAACAAGAAACCUGUCGAAGUUUGCAAACCAUUCUUCGUGUCCACGCUGGGCUUUCGAGAGAACUCCGACUAGGCAGUGAUCACCGCCGUGAAGAACGGCGCCACCUAUGCAUCACCCCGUAAUCAUCGAGGCAAAAGCACGCCAAGUAUAAAAGGACGAAGACAAAAUAUCUCAACAUAUUAUGUCCUCCAAUCCAGUGAAACACCACUAACGGUAUGAGCAUGCUCCGCAUCCUUUGUACCCCCCGCACGACGUAACAAAAGAUGUACACAGACUACAUGGAGGCAGCAAGCCGUGGUGAGGUGGAGGCCUGCUCACGGCAGAGGUACCGGCAGUCCGUGAGACGCCUCAACAUCGGCAACACCCAACUCUCUGGCGACGAAUGCUCGAAGUGUUUCCGUGCACAUCCAACACGUCGCCAAAGUUCACGGUCGCCUGAUCGCGGAACCCGAUCACCAUGAAGAUAGCUGCUUUUAGUGUUCGGCACACGAUGACCACCUUCAUGCUGCUAAGGAGAGCUGGGAUUUGUACCGGGCCGACGCUGACCGACUGUGGAGGGAUAGUGACGGCGGAUAUGAUGAAAGUGACCUUACUGCCCAUCAUGCCGAUAAAAGAGUGUAUUUUCACAUCCCGUCUGAUUGCGUACAACGAAACAUUCCCGGUGGUCAUGCCGAGCAAGGAGAUGAAAACUGCACGGCGUCAUCUGCAACGGACCGACAGCGCCUGCGUGGUGUGGCACGAGGCGGCCGCGGGACGGUCGGCGGAGGAGGUGGCGGCCGCCUUCUACCUGCACCUAGACACCAGCUGCCGGAACAGAAAGGCGGUUACCAUCUGGGCAGAUAACCGCGCUGGGCAAAACAAGAACUGGGCGCUCAUCAGUGCCAUGCUCCAGCUCGUACACUCACCGCAGAACGCCAUCACGACUGCCACCUUCAAGUUCCUCGAGCCAGGGCACACAGCGAUGGCAGCUGACGCCAUGCACCAGACCGUCUCACGGCAGCUAAAAGCAACCGAGAGGGUGGAAGAUUUUUCGGACUAUGUCACAGCAGUAGAGGCCACUGGUGGGAAGAGCGUGCUAAUGUCUCCCGGAAACAAUACGCGCCAAGCUGAAGAUGGCAUCAGUGGAGCGAAGCUGAAAAAACUGACUCCAGACAACGAGCGGCCAUACGUGGCUCAGCUAAAGUCCAUCCAGGUCAGACGGGGUUCUGACCUCGUGUUUACAAACACAAACGUCAAACAAGUGUCGUAUAAAGCGUAUGACUUAACAAUACGACGUUCGACCCAACGAAGCAACCAGAGCUCAAUCCGACAUCGAAAAUGACUGGUGCGCCUGGGAAGGUGCCCGAAGUGCUGCGCCAUAUCGCUCCGCAUAUGCCUGCCCACAAGAAAAGGUUCUGGGAAGACCUGGCAGGCCAGUCCAAACGAACAACAACGUUUGGCAAGCGGAAGCACACAACCAAGUCGCCACAAGGUCGCAAGAAGCGCACAGUGCAGUGAAAAAAGCGAAGGUAGUUGGCCCUGCGGUGCUCAACUGGCAUGCCAUGAUGCUCAUGUACGUCCGUAGGUUCAGAGGCAGUUUGGGCGUUGGUCUUUACUUAAUACGUUGUGAUGUAACUGGGCUGUGGUCAACCUCCCGUCCGUCUCCGGUAGCGUGCGCCGCGGCAGAUGCCGCUACGCAAGUUUCGCCGUCGACAUUGUUCUGUUUGCAUGUUCUCGUAAAAGAAGUUCACACAAAAUGUUUCGAAUAAAAGACAUGGUUCUGAGUCGUGCAAAACUGGUGUUUCAUCUGUGAAAACUGAUGUGUCAUACACGGCCAGUCAUGCAAAACUGUUGAGGAACGUGCAGCAAGGGCCACACUAUGAAUACUUCGCUCUGCAUGACAACGUGCUUGCAUAGGGACAUACGUGUUUUUGCUCAUGCAUUUCAAAGUGCUGGUGCAUUAAACAGUGUGCAUCUAUUGGCGGCAAAAACACGUAUGUCAUCCGCUAGUGACAUACGUGUUUUUGUCUACGGUACUCGGCUCAGGAAAACGCGAUAUACGUGUUUUGCCAUGCUCGGGAGUGACAUACGUGUUUUACCUUUGCAUAAGCAAAUUUGGUUGGAUAAAUUUCGCCCUAGUAAAAAAAACGUUUGUGAACUGUGGAAAAUGUGUUGCGCAAUGCUGUGAGAGAUAAGCUCCAUUCAAUGCGGUAUCGACAGGAGGUUCCAAUGGUAUAAUUUUUGAAUCAAUACGAGAUUUGCGACGUGAGCUAUCGCACUAAACAGAAAAUGGCCUCUUCUAAACAUUUUGUUUGCGAGACAACGUGACAUACGUGGUUUUACCUUUGCACGGCAGCCCGGGUAUGCAAGCUGAGUUUAUUUGUUACAUAAAGCACCCAGCACCCCUCUGAUCACACCAGGAUACCAAUCAGGGCCGCCGCGUCGUUACCAGGCGCAGUGUGAUCACAGUGGGGCGAUCCCACCAGUCACCCUGCCCAUCAUCCCACAGAUACUCCGCUGUCUGAACAAUCACCGAGCUGGAGCAGUCACCCGCGCGGUCACACACUACCCAGGGUCCCGACCGAUGACCCGUGGGCUGGGACACGCAAUCUUUGUGUCAUACGCAUGAUUACGCAGCAAUUGGAAGCCAUACUCGCCCUACGUGGCUACCUCCCCGUCCGACUCACUCCCCCAAUCCGCCCAUCCGAAUCGGCCUUCA